AUGUGUGUACAAAGCCCUAUGAUAGAACGUAUGGGUGCGAAGUUCCUUUCGAACGUUGAACGCCCACGCAUUCUCAAAACGCACUUCUCGGCCCUAAAUGUUCCCAAGAACAACAACGCAAAAUACAUCUUUUGUGUUAGAAACCCGAAGGACUGCUGCACAAGCUAUUUCCAUCACAAUCGCAAUUUCAAAAUCUACAAUUUUGCUGAUGGCGAAUGGGAAACGUUUGUGGAUCUGUUCAUAUCGGGUCAGCUCGCAUUCGGCGAUUACUUCGAUCACCUUCUUGGGUGGUUGCCCCUGCUUGAGCAACCUAAUGUGCUUUUUUUGAUGUACGAAGAUAUGGUAAAGGAUCUCGAGGGAUGCAUUUACAAGGUGAUUUCAUGCUCCGGUAUCACACCAUUACAAAUCUAG